AUUGGUUUAGGCCCAAGGUGAACUCAGGAAGAGCCUGCCAUCGGAUGAGAGAAGCAUCAAGCAAACCUAGCUAUCAUCACAAACUCUUCCUCAAUCGGGCAUUCUGUCCUUUUACCAAGCAUAUUGUAAGGUAAGGUACUCACUGUAGCAUCGUUCAAAUAAAUAUGAAGGACACAAUUACAGAGGGGUAAUUUUGUAUAAGAUAGCAACUAGCUAGCUAGUUAGCCUUCUAGCAGGCAAGCUAGCUAGCUAGCUAACUCACAACAACAAACUUCUCAGAAAGUUCUCGAAACACCCACUGAAAUCCUGAACAUUCUUAUCACCAAAAUGGUUAGCUAGCUAGCGAACUGGCUAUAGUUAUGCACAAUGCCAGCUAGCUACAUUGCUUGCGAACUAACUAAACUAGCUACUGUAGCAAGCUAGCUAACUGGCUCUUUUCUAACGUUUAUCUCUAAGAAACGCAAUGCGUCUUCACUGUUAUCGUAACUAGCUAACGUUACCAGAUCCAGAAUCAUGGAUGAAUCUGGUCAAACCACAGCAACCCAUUCUUUCCAAACAAGAUGCACUAUAUAAUUCCAGUGUAGCCAAUAACACCCCAUUUAUUUGAAAGGCACAGGUAAUGCUGUUGACAAAAACAUGCCUGUCUAUUCUCCUCUGUAUUUCUAAAGCACAUUGAUGGCAUUUCAACAGAUGACUGACAAAGAGGAGGUGACUGGUGCAGGUGAUAACCCAGAGACGAUUCUAACAGGGAAGAAGUCAGGGAAAGCCUCGCUGCUGGACAGUGGUGAAGACUUUGAGAUGUUAGACGAUGAUGAAAUUGAUGAUGACCCUCCUCCUUUGGAAGAUGCUGGGGGUGGGAAGAAGACUAAAACAGAGAAGCCUGCAGCGGACCAAGAUACUAGCCAUUCAGCUCCAGUAGAUGAGUGGAUGGAUAUACUAGGUAACAAAAUUACCCUUAUAUUUACUUUAGGUCGAAGAGAAAGGACUUUUUUUUAUUUAACCUUUAUUUAACCUGGUAAGCCAGUUGAGAACAAGUUCUCAUUUACAACUGUGACCUGGCCAAGAUAAAGCAAAGCAGUGCGAUUUAAAAACAACAACAUCACAGUUACAUAUGGAAUAAACAAAAACAAAAUGUACAGUCAAUAACACAAUAGAAAAUCUAUAUACAGUGUGUGCAAAUGUAGUAAGUUAUGGAGGUAAGGCAAUAAAUAGGCCAUAGUGCAAAAUAAUUACAAUUAUCACUUACUGACAGUCAUCACCAUUUGGUUAAGCUUAUUCUCACUUAUCUAUUUGCAGGUAAUGGCCAGCUAAAGAAGAAAGUUCUGUGGGCAGGGAAUGGGCCAGACAGCAGGCCCACAAAAGGCCAGAAUGUUGUGAUUCACCUGAAGACUUCACUGGCUGAUGGGACUCUUAUAGAAGAGCAACCUGAGCUGUCUUUCACUCUGGGAGAUGGUGAUGUCAUCCAGGUACAUUCUACUUAGUCUUUUAAGUGAAGGCAAAUCCGAUCUAUCGGAUUCCAUACAAUGUAGUGAUGUUAGUAGAUACGAGAAAUUUAAGUGGAAGAAAUGUAUGUUUCAAGUUCAGUGUUGAUUUUAUCCACCUGCAAUGCCUCCAACUUUGAUCUAGGAUAAGGAGAAGUGUAACUAUCAGGCUUUAACUCGGGUGUGCUCUCUCGCAGGCUCUGGAUCUUACGGUGCAGCUCAUGGAAAUGGGGGAGAAGGCCCUCGUCCAAGCCGAUGCUAAAUAUGCAUAUGGUGCCCUGGGGAGGUAUGGAGGGUUUCUUAAUCUUGCUGGUUCUUUGUGGUUUCACUGGCAUGUCUUGUUGUUGUUACCCAAACAAGAUAUCUAUUCUGAGAUUGUAAUUACCUAUAAAGAUAACUCGCUAUGCUUCAUGACGUCAGAGUACAUAUCGUUAACUUUUGCCUGAUAGGAUUCUUCGAAAGUGCUCCUCUUAAUGGGAGCAAAGCUAAACUCCUCAGCACUCUUCCCUUUUUAAAAAGAGCAGUGAGUGGAAUGGUGCUGUCUUGAGCUCACUGCUUAUAGUACACGGCCUGACUUUGCUCUCUGAUUGUGUGCUCCCUGCCCUGGCCUUCACCACUGUCUCCACUGGCAGUCUUGCCCCUGAGGUGCUUCCCAGUGCUGAGCUGGCCCUGGAGGUACAGCUGCUGGAUGCCACUGAGGCCCCCGACCUUGAGCUCCUGUCCCCACAGGAGAGGGUCACCCUGGCUGGGCAGAAGAGGGAGAGGGGUAAUGUCUACUACCAGAGAGGGGACUACGCCUUCGCUGUAAACUCUUAUGGCAUCGCCCUGCAGAUCACUGAGUCCAGCUCUAAAGGUGACCGUGGUGACAGAUUUUUGUGUUAUUUGUGAAAGCACUGUUUUUGGAUGGGGCUGGGCACAAGACUCCCUGUAGUUUACUGAUGGUGUGUGUGACUGUUGUUUCAGUGGACAUUAGCCCGGAGGAAGAGGAGGAGCUGAUGGACAUUAAGGUGAAGUGUCUAAACAACAUGGCUGCUUCCCAGCUCAAGUUGGAUCACUACGAAGCAGCACUACGGUCCUGUGUUUUAGUACUGGCCCACCAGCCAGACAACAUCAAAGCCCUUUUCCGCAAAGGCAAGGUAGGUCUCGAACAACUGAAUCUGUGAAUGUGUGUAUUUGUGAGUGUGCAUGUCUGAAAGCGUCACCAUGGACUUCUGUAUCUGUAGGUAUUGGCCUUGCAAGGAGAAUAUGCUGACGCUAUAAGGAAUUUGAAGAUGGCCCUGAAGCUGGAACCAAGCAACAAGGUACUGCACUCAACAUUUACAAAAUCAUUAUUUAGAAAGAUGUAGAAUGAAAACAAAUUCUCAGGACCACAUGUUGUUGCAGUUCUUUCUGACAUCCACCAGGUGGUACCACAUUCUCUAAUAUUGGUGAUGAGGGAAACCAGGUGGACUGCAGACUCAUAAUUUUGGUGGAUCUGAUUUCGUGUUGAGGCUGUAAAUAGGUUGGUUUAUCGGUGCCCAGGUGAUAUCUAAGGCAUUGCUUAGACAUGUGGCUCCCUGCACAGGGCAAUCUGACUGAGCGCACCACCGCGCGUUGGCUUCUUGGACCAGCUGCAUGUUAAUACUUAGCACUCUUGCCCAACCCCCCAAAUUCACUCCUGCCGCCUCUGUCUUUUUUCAGUCCCACACACCAACAUGUGAAGUCGUGCUCUGACAGAAUGCCUUGUGCAAUUGUCCCUUACAGUUUUUUCUUCUUCUUGGGCACUAAUGUAGUGCACGAGUGUGUUGGGCUGGCAGUGGUUCAUAUGUUGACAUUUUCUAUUAGCAUUGGACAAGCUCUUGCCUUCUGAACUGGGCUGCAGCUUGCACCACUGAGAGUUGGUUACAUAAUCUCUCAAGUGUGGCUGCCUGGGAAUGGUUAUGGUGGUGUUUUUGCUGAAGUGUUUUAGAUUAGGAGCAGGAAACCAUUACAAAUAGAAUCUCAAUGGUCUAGAUUAGAACAUUGCAUAUUUAGAUGCUAAAAUUGUGGUCCAUUCCCUACUUUUUAUUUUUGAUGGAUGUUAUUGUUUUCUUGUCAGAAUACAUUCAUUUAAUUAACACAAUUUGCCUUUAUCUUCUCAAUACAAAUGUUUUUGUAAAAUGGGGAAAGAUGACUAGAACAGCAGCAGUUAUGUAAUUUCUGGCCUCAAACAUUACUGUUGUGUGCAUGACCAGAAGUAUCGGCUGAUUUCAACAUGGGAAACCCAAAGGGGCCCUGUAGAAACCUGAUAUUGUGAAGCCCCCAUUUAAUCUUAGCAGCAGUGGGAGAGGAGACCCAAAGAGCAGAGACUUACCCAAACUCUCUCCUCUGUAAGUGGCUCCUUGGAAGCUGUAAUGGACAUUUUGGCCAAUACUGUGAAAAUGUCCUAAAUUGCCCACUGACAAACCCUUCAGACGAAUGACUCAGAGACUUGAUAUGAAGGGGUUUGCUCAUGCAGGGAAGCCGUUAACUUACUACCCCAUUUUUAUUGGCAAGAAUAUUCAUUUCACAGUAGCAUCAAUCGCCAAUAAUCAAGCCACCUGCAGUUAACAGAACACCUGACUAUUAUUGUGCAUAAAUGAUGCCAUGAGCCAUUGGGAAAGUUUUGUUGUUAUCAGUGAAUGUGUUUUAUAUACACAGGCUAUGUGAUUGUGGGAAGGGGGUAGAGUAGUAUGCCUGCAGCUUAUUCUCACACUUUGCUGUCUCCUGGGGUAGACCAUCCAUGCAGAACUCUCCAAGCUGGUGAAGAAGCACUCGGAGCAGAAAGGCUCCGAGCAGGCCAUGUACAAGAAGAUGCUAGGCAACCCAGGAAGCGGUGGCAUGCUGAAACAACACCAGGCCAAGUCGUCAUGGGUGAGACAAUUUUUUUUAUUUUAACCCAGCUAGGGAUUAGCAAUGUAUGUUUCGGAGGUGUACAUGGAUGUCUUAUCUUUUGAAUGUAUGUCAAAGUGAUGAAACAGUCUUCAAGUCAACAGAAAGCCUCAUUUUGUUUUCUUUUGUUCCCAGGGUGUCAGCUGGAAAUGGCUGUUCGGUGCCACGGCUGUAGCCAUCGGAGGUGUCGCCUUGUCAGUUGUCAUAGCUGCCAGAAAUUAGAUGAGACCAAUACUUUUUCUGGUGAUUGCCUGCACCUUCCAAAGUGGGACCCCACAAAAAGCAACUGGACAUCUGGCAGCGCCUUUUGUAACUGGUAAAAAAAGGUGACAGAAAUGGCUUUAUCGGCCACCUCUUUAGUGUCAUUGUCCAUAAGUUUCUCACUGUUCUGUCACUGCUUGGGAGAAUUAUGUGACAAAUACUAUACAAUAAACAUUUAUAUAUGAAAAGUACUUACCACUUUUUAAAUGUGUGUAUGUCUAUUUAUUGCCAGACACUAAUUGUUAAUUGCUGCCAAUGUCUUGAGCUCUAUGGUAGUGAUUCUAAAUAUAAAUUGAUUGAUUGAGCACUCUGAAAUGAGAAUUCUAUGAAUGAUCCGUCAAAGUUAUUUAAAAUGAGCUAAUGUGAUAUGGUCCUAUAUUUUGAAAGCAUAUGAUUGUGCAAUUAUUUAAUUGCUGAAUUAUUUUUCUUUGUAUUCUGCUCUUGCUCUUUUAUUGGGAUAGAGCCGAUGAGGGGUAUGAGAUUAAUCUAGAUGCUGUAUUAUCUGGCCUUGUGAUCCACACUCACACAGUCUUGGUCAAUGGAAACUGUCACAUUCCUUUGAAUGGCAGAAAGAAGAAACCCACGCUUUAAUGUAUAGUUUAUUUUAUUCUCUAAGUCAAUGGAGUAUACCUCACUUUUGAUAAUUCUGAGACCAAACUUGAAGGUUGAACCUUCUAAUACCAAUUUUAGGUUUGGUCAGUUUAACUGUCUUUUUUUUUUGACAACCAUUAAAUGUGAAUGAUGUUUCUAUGUUGUGAGGCUUGCUUAUUUGAGUUUCUAUAAUUUUGUCAUGAAAUUAGAAAUAUCAUGUUUUCUCUACAAUAGACCAUAUGUAAAAAGACAGUCAAAUGUUGCGGACAUUGGUUGCUUUUGAGUUUCUCACAUUCCCUCAUUUGUUAAUUUUGUAUUUAUUUCAAUAAAAGUUUGUCAAUUCUGUUACUAUGAGCCACAACCUUUUCUAUUAUCAACCUUCUGGAAUCUAAUCUUGAUGUUGUCUUGUCACCCGUACAACUAUCAAUCUCUGUUUGACAGGUUGGGAGCACUUCUUUACCUCUGUUGUUACAGUACAUAGACUCCACGCCUACACAUUUGGGUCAAAUGAGAGCUUGCCACUGUUACUGACAAAGAAAGUAAAUGGAUUUAUAGUACUACAGGAGGUAGAAAACACUGAUUAUUUCGUAUUUGACACUCGGCUGCUUGCUAAAUAAACUGUAUCUGAAGACAAGUACUCAUUUGCUUAGAGCAGGGGUGUCAAACUCAUUCCAUUGAGUGCCGUGUUGGUUUUUGAUUUCUCCUUUCUAAUUGUGUCCAAUUAAGAGCUAUACAG